GUUCCUUCUUUCUCCCCUUUCUAUGAAGAGCUCACGUAAUGCGCCGGGCGGGAUCUCUUCGCGCUUGUCAGGCGAGGUCCUGGACCACGGAGACUUCGAAUCUGCAAAAUAAACGCGCACAAACCGCAGGGAUUUUGAGAUCUGGUUUAUAUCAGUCCCGAGUAUCUCCCACGACCAGUUCCACGCGCACUGAAAAUUCCGGACAGCGAUCUACGAGCGUCCAGAAACGCAGGGUCUUUCAAAGAUCGUUACCUGCAUCGAAACCCUCGUCAUUUUCUGGGGGUGACAAAGGGGCUACAUGGACCUCAAAAGAGACUGAAACUACCUCGAGUUCCUUCACCUGCCAUCGUUCGUCCUGCCCGGUACACAGCGAAAAAGAAAAAUCAGCGUCAGGAUCGACGACUACAUCUGGAAUUCACGGAUCGGUACGCCACGCGAAUAAGUGGGAAAAUAACACGAAUCGAAUGCACGCUCACGUCAUUACCAGGACGAACAAUAAAAGCAUUGGAGGGUUCUUUGAUAGGCCGGCGACCCAGCCCCCUACGCGGUCAGUUGAACCCCGUGAAAUUCGGAGCUACUCGAAUAACCUUCGCUCCGAAGUGGCCCCACAUCGUGAUCCCAUAAAGCAGUGGAUAGCCGAAAAACUAACGACAUUGGAAAAGCGGGACCAAAGUUUUCCACGACGACAGUCUGCGCAGUACAGGACGUCGACGAGCUUUCAGGAUUCCGUAGCCGAAUAUCGACCUUCAACUGCGGCACCUACGAUCAGAACGCCUUCCGGAGUCACCGAUCAGAGCGCGGAUAGAGCUGGCAAAAAUCAAGCAACCGAACGACGUUUUCACAGGUCACCUGCGGCUACGAGACCGGAGGUCCGAAAGACGAGGCUUGUAUUAUCGAACGGUACGCGGAUGGUGGAAAGAAACUUUCUUAGUGGCUCUUCUAGGCCUUUCACCGCGAAUGAGAGCUCCAAACUUUUGCCAACACCCAAGGGGACUAAAUCUCCUAACAAAUGCGAGGUACAACGUCUGCAGAGUGUUGGAACGAUUCCGACAACAACGGAGGGGCUUCGAGGACGAGGAAGAGCGUCCUUGCCGUACAACGACGUGUACCGGAAGUCACUCGGUACCAAAACGUGCUCCAAACUACCCUCCGCAAUACAUACGUCUGACCGACUCCGGGAUCGAUUACGAAAAGUGCGAACUGACCUUCAGGUAAAGAUGCUACAGGAGGCUGAUCUUCAUAAUGGUUGCGAGAAAAAUCAAAAACCUUUCAGAGAACGUCACGAAGUGAUCUAGGACCACCUCCAGAAAAAUUUCUCUGAUAUUUAUAUUUGCGUGUAUUAAAAAUAUACGCAACUUCAGACCACCGGGGCAUGAGUAGAACUUCAAAGAUUUAUGGUGAGAUGAAAUUUCUCAAUAAUUUGAUCUAUCAUAUUAAUAUCAAAGAUGAUU